UAGGGAGUGGUGGCGCUGUCCCGCGGGGGGCUCCCUCUGGGCCUCGUCAUGCCGUCCAACGCUCGGGCCGGCAACCUGAAGGACCCAGAGGUGGCUGAGCUCUUUUUUAAAGAUGACCCAGAGAAACUCUUCGCUGACCUUCGAGAAAUUGGACAUGGCAGCUUCGGAGCAGUUUACUUUGCCAGGGAUAUCCGUAACAAUGAGGUUGUGGCCAUUAAGAAGAUGUCGUACAGUGGGAAGCAAUCAAAUGAGAAAUGGCAGGACAUUAUAAAGGAAGUAAAGUUCCUCCAAAAGCUCCGACACCCAAACACUAUUGAGUAUAAAGGAUGUUACCUGAGGGAGCACACUGCCUGGCUGGUGAUGGAGUACUGCCUGGGAUCUGCUUCUGAUCUCCUGGAGGUGCACAAGAAACCUUUGCAGGAGAUGGAAAUUGCUGCUAUUACCCAUGGUGCACUGCAAGGCUUGGCCUAUCUCCAUAACCACAACAUGAUCCACCGGGAUGUGAAGGCAGGGAAUAUCCUUCUUACUGAGCCAGGACUGGUGAAGUUGGGAGAUUUUGGAUCAGCCUCUAUAAUGGCUCCAGCCAACUCUUUUGUGGGGACGCCAUAUUGGAUGGCUCCAGAGGUGAUACUCGCCAUGGACGAGGGACAGUAUGAUGGGAAGGUGGAUGUCUGGUCUCUGGGGAUAACAAGCAUUGAAUUAGCUGAGAGGAAACCUCCCCUGUUUAAUAUGAAUGCAAUGAGUGCCUUAUAUCACAUCGCUCAGAACGAGUCUCCUGUCCUACAGUCCAACCACUGGUCUGAAUAUUUUCGGAACUUUGUGGAUUCCUGCCUGCAGAAGAUCCCCCAGGACAGACCCACCUCUGACAUGCUGCUGAAGCACCGGUUCCUGCAAAGGGAGCGCCCACAGACCGUCAUCAUGGAGCUGAUCCAACGCACAAAGGAUGCCGUGAGAGAGCUGGAUAAUCUGCAGUACCGCAAAAUGAAGAAAAUCCUCUUCCAGGACACCCAGAAUGGGCCAAACACAGAGACUACAGAGGAGGAGGAGGAGGCAGAACAGUUCUUACACUGCACAGGCACCAUAACCAGCAUGGAAAGCAGCCAAUCAGUGCCAAGCAUGUCCAUCAGCGCCAGCAGCCAGAGCAGCUCCGUCAACAGCCUCGCCGAUGCUUCCGAUGACAGUGGAGAAAUGGCAAUGAUGCAGGAGGGGGAGCACACAGUGACGUCCAACAGCUCCGUCAUUCAUCGCCUUCCGGCACAUGAUAAUAUAUAUGAUGAUCCGUAUCAGCCAGAGAUGGAAGCCCAGCAGUCCUCGUCUGCAGCCCGGCGCAGGGCAUAUUGCCGCAACCGUGACCACUUUGCCACUAUCAGAACAGCAUCCCUGGUAACGAGACAGAUCCAGGAACAUGAGCAGGACUCGGCACUGAGAGAGCAGAUGUCUGGCUACAAACGCAUGCGACGACAGCACCAGAAGCAGCUGAUGGCUUUGGAGAACAAGCUGAAAUCAGAACUGGAUGAGCACCAGCAACGCUUAGACAAAGAGCUGGAGGCUCAUCGGAGCAACUUUUCUGCUGAGAAUGAAAAGAUAUCCAAGAAGCACCAGGCCAUCUUCGAGAAGGAGGCUAAGGGGGGAAUGACGGAGGAGAAGAAAUUCCAGCAACAUAUCUUGGGCCAGCAAAAGAAAGAGCUCACUAACCUGCUCGAGAGCCAGAAACGCCAGUACAAGAUCCGCAAGGAGCAGCUGAAAGAGGAGUUGCAGGAGAACCAGAGCACCCCGAAAAGAGAGAAGCAGGAAUGGCUGCUGAGGCAGAAGGAGAGCAUGCAGCACUACCAGGCGGAGGAGGAGGCCAACCUGCUGCGCAGACAGAGACAGUACUUUGAGUUGCAGUGCCGCCAAUAUAAGCGCAAAAUGCUGUUGGCACGGCACAACCUGGACCAGGAUCUGCUUCGAGAGGAGCUAAACAAAAAGCAGACUCAGCGGGAUCUAGAGUGCGCAAUGCUCCUGCGCCAGCACGAGUGCACCCAAGAGUUGGAGUUCCGCCACCUGCAGCUCCUGCAGCACACGAGGAGUGAACUCAUUCGCAUGCAGCACCAGACAGAACUGGGGAACCAGCUGGAGUACAACAAACGGCGAGAGCAGGAACUGCGACAGAAGCAUGCAGCCGAGGUCCGACAGCAGCCCAAAAGCCUCAAAGUAAGGCCUGGGGAGGAGGAGGAGGUGGAGGUGGAGGAGGAAGAGGGGGGAGAGGGAGACCAGUUUAGCCUCUGUAGCUCUGAGGAUGAGGAAGAGCCUGUGUACUUAGAGGUGACCCCAGAGAGAACAGAGGCAGAUGGCUGCCCAGACCAGGAGGUCCCUUAUUUUGAGCUGUCUUCUGAGUGGGCGCAAGAGCCUACCAACUCUCUGCGUCCAGCUCCAACACUAACUGCCUCCUCUAUGCCAAGCCAUGCCCUAUGUGCUGUCCUUACCCUGAUAGCAGCUUCUCGCCCUUUUUGUCCUUGGUCAUUACUCCCACUGCUUCUGGCUCUUCUCACCCUGUGGAGGCCAGGACCCUUGCUGGACUCUGUCCUAGUAGCUCUAGAGACACUGGGGGCCAGCCUGCUUUGCUGCUACAUUAUGUUGUACUGGGUCUUUGAUUUGAGUCCAGCCUCCUUUCUGCUGCUGGCCCAAAGUUGUGGAGCAGUGGCUGCCCUAGCCUUAAGCUACCGGCUGCGUUUAUAUUAUGUGCCUGUUCUGGCUAUAGCAGUUGGGGUAUUCACAUCGCCAGGUAUCUUCCUUUCACUCUUCCUGGUGGCGGGCUCAUUGGGAAGGCCCGCUGGGGAGUGGCUGAAAGACUGGCCAAAACGAGCGCGUAGAUUAUGGCUCCGUGCCCUCCUGCGCUUGCCCGGGCCUCUGUUCAGAGUCCUGCAGCGAUGUGGAGCAGCCGGAGAAGGUGGCCUAUUCUACCUUUUCCCAAAAACCUACAAGGGCGGAUUCCGAAGCCGUAUCCCAGUGUUGGCUGGAGACUCCCGGGCUGUGAGUGGAGGUUGGGUUUAUUGGCGUAGGAGGAUUGUUAACACUCCAUCAAGAAUGGUAAAGAUAGUGAAUGAGACGUUGGCAAAGGGCGUGCGGAGGCUGUGUGCGGUUCUCCCUCCAGUAGCCCUUAUUUACAUGGAGAAGAUGAGGCUCCUACGAGCAGAGAGGCCCAGUAGAAUUCCCAGGCUGAUGAGUCGGGAGCAGCGCAGGAGGGAGGCUGACAAGUGUAGGGAUCUGAGAGGGACCCCAUUGGGCAGGGGGGUCGGCAGACACAGCACAGUAAGGAGGACAAAGCCGCCCAAACCAUGGAGAUGAGCAACAAGCUGUUCAUUAUCCAGUCUUAACCGCUGCCUUCCUCAAACCAUAUAGUGCCUUAUUAGAGUGCAGUUAGGGGUCGGCCAGGAGCACCUUACAUGGGAUCAAACCACUGGCAGUGUCUUCAUGGGAACCAGUUUUGUUUUGUAUUUUUGUUUUUCCUUCUGUUGCACGGGUCAUGCUGGUCUCUGAGGCGAGAGCCGAAUUCCCACCUAUGUCUGCAGACAGGCAACUCGAUUUCUGGGCUGUCUGACCUCUGGGGAGAAGGGUCAUCUAUUGGAUAUUGUGGUGCCACCCAGUACCAGUCACACCACUGCACAGCCCCCGGAGUCCCGUCCCCCCAAUAUACUAAAUAUUUAUAUAUUGUGGUUUUGUGAGGCUUGCCAGUCUGUUUCAUUGUGAUUGGUUAGCUGUUCAGUUCAGUCAUUGGUUGUUUCAGAAUGGCUUCAUGCUGUGAGUGGCUGGGUCUUGUAUCUAGUAUUGACCAAUCAGAGGGCACGAGCCCAGAACUAAGCUGUUGGUAAGCCAUAGCACGUUCCCCAUAUUUCACCCCUAAUUCUUAUUGUGACUCAAUAAAAACGAGGGACAAAUGGCUACAAUAUUGGUUUGGGAUCAUUUGCACAUAUUUGCAUUUGCUCCGUGUCUGUAUUAAAUGGGGAUUAUAAUGUAUUAUCUCAUCCUAUCAUUACCCUACGGGGGCAGAUGUCUUUGUUUAUUAUAGGGAUACACCGAAUCCACUAUUUGGGAUCCAGCUGAAUUCCGAAUCCUUCAUGAAAGAUUCAACUGAAUACCGAAAAUGAAUCCAAAUCAUAAUUAGCAUAUGCAAAUUAGGGACAGAAAGGAUAAAGCAAAGUUUUGUGACAAAUAGUUAAAAUUUCCCUUCUUGUCCCUAAUUUGCAUAUGCUAAUUAGGAUCCAGUUAGGCCAUGCACAAGAUUUUGGCCAAAUCUGAAUCCUGCUGAAAAAGGCAGAAUCCCAAACUGAAACCUGGAUUUGGUGCAUCACUAUUUUAUUUAGACACUUUGUCCUUAGGUAACUUUACUCACUCAAAACUUCACGUUUUCAUACCCUGGUUUUAAGUUUUCCCUCGUUUUACAGUUUUUUUGGUGGUCCCACCAAUAAAUAACGCACAAUCAUUUCACAGAGGCCACAUCUUUUUUUCUGGUCUCCUGAAAAAAUGUAAAAUGGGGGUUUCUACUGUAGUGCAAUAAUCUCCAGUUAAUAUGGGGACAGUAACGGUUGGUGGCAGUGCUGUAAGGAGGGCAUGGUAGCCUUUCUAAUCAUUUGUUAAAGGACCAGUUUAAAUAAAUAAAUUGUUAGUAUA